AUGAGCCCAAACGCCUCCAGCGAUGAAUUGUACUUGGAUUCCAAAGUUGCGCGCGGACAACGGAGGCAGUCCGAGGUCGAGAUGAAAACGAAUGACGCUGCUUUCCACCAAGCUGAGGGGCAGGAAGAAGGCGUUCUCGCGGGUAUGAAGCACCAAUUCGACGCGAUGGCUCCUGGAGGCUCCAUGUCGGAGUUUGGGAGUUCUGUUAGCUCCGCCGCGCAAGAGAGGAUUGUCGCCGCCAAGGAUACUCUAAUGGAGGGGGCGUUACCUGCUGCGCAGGGAGCGUUACGUACCGUGCAGGGUCAUAUUCGCAGCAUCUCAGGUGGAUCCAAUGAAGUUGAAGAGACGGCAUCUGAAGAAAUUUCCCAGGAGGAACGCGAAUGCAUUGAUAAGAUGAGCAACGAACAAAUUUGCGACUUCCUACGAGAGAAACAUAUGAGCAACAAGCACCCACCGUCAACGAAGUAG